GACUUACCACUCAUUUUUAUCCUAACCUCUCGAAAAUAUUUUCAUUUACAAAUUUGUUUAAAACUAAACCAACUUAUUUCAUAGAAAACGUGAUUGAUCAACAAAGUAUCUUUUUAAGAUGACUUAAUACAAAAGUGGAGUAUCACUAUCAAAUAAGUGGAUUUCACAAACACGUCGUUCAUGUGGAAACGAACGCCCGUUGGAGAAGUGCACCAAAAAGUAAGCAGUUGAAAAUGGAAGAAAAUAUGCGAAAUGGAAUUUCUGAAUAUUCGAAUGCCAAAUGUUGGUGUCAGAUCAAUGGCUUUCCGAAUGAAUCAACGGUUCAAUUCACCACCCAAGAGAACACUAACGAUUCAGCUUUCUCGAUUCUUCUACGUUUGAAUUCGAAGGGUUGAUCCUUUGAUUUCAAUCUCUCUCUCUUUCCCGGAAAAUUCACCCUCUCAGUUUCUCGAGAAAGUGAUCUGGAAGAAUUUUUCCUUUUUAGUUUUGGUAAUUUCUUCAAUUCAUAUAUAGCUUUUAGGGUUUUUGAUGUUAUUCCUUUUUGCCAAUUAGGAAAGAAGAUGAGCAGAAGUAGCCUACAAUGGCGGGUUCGUUAAAGGUCAAAGUCAAUGAGUCCGAGCAAUAAAUUAGAAAACCAUAACUGAAGAAUGCCAAAUUUAGUAAGCCAGGAAGAGCCUUUCGAAAGCGUGGGUUUUAAUUUUUUUUUUCCUUCGUUUCUUAAAUUGUUCCCAAUUCAAGGGAUUCUGGUGUUGGAGAGUGAUCCAUCUGUUUCUUUGGCUCAAAGAAACAGAAAAAAAAAAUAAAAAAAUUUAAAAAAAAAAUAGAAAAGAAAAGGAAGGAACCUUGAGGAGGAGGAGGGCCGGUUAAACUUGCAGGAAUUCUCUCUUUCCAGAUCUACUCGUUUCAUCGUUCUGACAGUUUUUUUUCUUCUGUCAGAACACCCGAAAUUCUUUUUACUCGAUUCCCUUUUUUUGUUUUUGUUUUUCUAAUUUCAUCAUAUAAUGCGUUUCUCAAUCUAUAAUUGAGCAAUUUUGCAGAAAAGGGUCCUGCAAGAUCUCUCGCCAAUCUGUGCUCAAGUUCUACGUAUAGCCAUCAAGAAACUCAAUGUUUUUUCGUUGAAACAUUAAUGGUGCCUGCUUUGAUCAAUGGUUUUCUGACAUCUGAAACUUGUCAUUUCGAUUCCUAUAUUUGUGGACGAAAUCAAGCAAAGUUUUAAUACUAUCCUUCUUGUCCGAUUGAAGAAUGGUUUUUGAUUCUGGAUCAUUUGGGUGAGAAUAUGUAAGGGAUGGUAUCUGAAACUUUUAUGAAGAUUGUAUCACCUUGCUGGAAACCCUUAGUCGAAGGCGAAAAUUCCAGCAGAGGUGGGGACGCAAGUGGUCGGGUUGACGGGCUGUUGUGGUACAAGGAUUCUGGCCGCCAUAUUAAUGGGGAAUUCUCAAUGGCAGUUAUUCAGGCAAAUAAUUUGUUGGAAGAUCGUAGCCAACUUGAGUCAGGGCCUCUGAGCUCGUAUGAAUCGGGUCCCGUUGGAACGUUCGUUGGAAUUUAUGAUGGCCACGGAGGACCAGAAGCUGCACAAUUCAUAAAUGAUCGCCUUUUCAAUAAUAUGAAGACUUUUCAUGGUGCAGAAUUUAUUCCAGAAAAUCGGGGAGUAUCUGCUGAAAUUAUUAACAAAGCGUUCUUGGAGACAGAGGAGGAAUUUUUGUCUCUUGUAAAGAAACAAUGGCUUAUUAAGCCUCAAAUUGCUUCGGUUGGUUCGUGCUGUUUGGUAGGCAUAAUAUGUUGUGGAUUACUAUAUAUUGCAAAUGCUGGUGAUUCUAGAGUGGUGUUGGGAAGAUUUGAAAGAACUCAUAAAGAGGUUAAAGCCAUCCAAUUGUCAUCUGAGCACAAUGCUAGUAUUGAAUCUGUGAGAGAGGAGUUGCACUCGUUGCAUCCCAAUGAUCCGCAGAUCGUGGUGCUAAAGCACAAGGUGUGGCGUGUGAAGGGUGUUAUACAGGUCUCAAGAUCCCUUGGUGAUGCUUAUCUGAAGAAAACAGAGUUCAACCGAGAGCCUCUUUUGCCAAAGUUCAGAUUACCAGAACCAUUCCACAAGCCAAUACUUAAAGCGGAGCCUGCUAUUGUCGUGCAGAAACUGUAUCCAGAGGAUCAGUUUCUUAUAUUUGCUUCAGAUGGUCUUUGGGAGUAUAUAAGCAAUCAGGAAGCUGUCGACAUCGUCCAUAGUUGUCCACGUAAUGGGGUUGCAAGGAAACUUGUUAAAGCCGCUCUUCAUGGAGCUGCCAAAAAAAGAGAGAUGAGAUACACAGAUUUGAAGAAGAUUGAUCGUGGGGUAAGAAGGCAUUUUCACGACGAUAUCACUGUAAUAGUUUUAUUCCUCGAUUCGCAUCUGAUUAGUCGCAGUCCAAGCUACGGACCAAUGCUUUCAAUCAGAGGAGGUUCUGGUAUCCUCGCUAGAUCAUAGUUUGUGAAGCUUUAGCAUCAUCUCAUCUCUUGUGCUUUUUACAUCCACCUACCUCCAUUUUUUUCUCAUUUGUAUUGCAAAAUUAUUCCUUUUUUUGUGUUCAAAAGAGGAAAGAUUUGGAAAACCAUGACCCUUUUCUUUUCCCAUUUACCUUUUCAUUUUUUUUUCUUUUUCCUUCUUUCAUUUUGUGUUUUCCUUUUACAUUGUGUAGCACUCUUUAUUCUCUAAGAAGUCUCCAUAUUGACAUUUUUGUCAAUAGUAUUAGAGAGAUAGAUAAUAUUGACGAGAGGAGUUUUCAAUAUCUUAAA